AUGUCUAGACAUCUAAAAUUCAUGAGCUUCAACGUAAGGUCAAUUCAGUCUGGUUUUCUAACUUUGAAGGAGUAUGUUGUUGACUGUGCUGUCGAUAUCCUGGGUAUCAGUGAGACUUGGCUAACUCCAGACAUUGAGGCAGGCAGAGGCGUCGCGUUUUAUGUGAGAAAUGAUAUUACCUUCAAAAUAUUGCACUCUAAUAUCACCACAGUAUUGGAAGAACUUUGGAUCUCUGUAACUGUUAAUAAACCCAAAUAUUGUCUAGCUGUAGUCUACCGUCCACCAUCGCCAAACGUGGUUGAUUGUUUUCAUCAAUUAACUGAGUCUUUAGCCAACCUUUCACUCGAUAAUGAUUACGCAAUUAUCAUGGGCGAUUUUAGUAUUAAUGUUUUAGUGAACGACGGCUGA